AUGUACUCUGCGCAGAUAGAAUCGUACAUUCGAUUUGUUUUCUAUUUUGUGCCCCUACUGCGUUAACCGGCGUUAUUGCAUACGGUAAUUAAGAGUGCAUCAAUAUCUUCUCCGUUCCAAAUUUUUGUGUGUGUAACCGGUUAGGGAUCCAAAAAGUUUCAAUACGGUACUUUGAGCGUCCAUAUAAAUCAAUCGGCAGCAGGUCAAUGAGUAUGCUGUCUUGAUAUGCGGUGGGAGGUUCGUUCUACCUUUAUUUCAGAAGGUUUAUCCUAGAAAGAGACAAGUGGAAAUCAACAAUUGCCAUGACAGAGCUUAGUGGAGCACCUGCAGUGGACUCGUGAGGAACUCGAAGCUGUAAUUUUCUCGGCUUCCUAAAUACCAAGCAUGGUAUCUCCUAGAGUGUUGAAGAUUAGGGAUGGCAUUGCCGGAUGAGGACUCCUUUCCCAGCCCCUUGCCCAGUUUCUGCCUUGAGAGUAUAAUGAAAAGAGCACAAGAGAUGGAAGAAGAGAGACAACUGGGUGUUGCUGGUGCUGCGACUUCACGUUUGAUUGAUGUCAUCAACAAUGACAGGAAGAGAGCUCUAACCAAAACGACGGGAAGCCUGGAACCUCCUAACAAGAAAGUCAAGCAUAGUGACAAUAAGGGGGACUUCACCUCCUACAUGAUUUUGACAAUAAGGGUCAUGGUUGCCAGAAUGAAAGACCGAGCCGACUUUUCAUGCAGAGCGGAUGAAGAGGCUGCCUUCAAUUGUUUCUUCUCUGCCUUCCGACUCCAGUUCUCGUGGUGACUUCAUUUGCAGUUCUCUCGAUUUGACCCACCCAUUGAGCUAUAUGGACGUUCUUAUUGUGGUGAGGCAAAGCGGCAUGGCUGACCCGUUUUUCCUCUGGUAUGGAUCUCAUUACUUUCUCUUCACCCAGUCCAGGGAAUGACAUCAGGCUGGACCUUAUUUACAUGGAAAUUUUCACCCCUGAGGAUCAAAAUGACCAAGUGAAGGCCUCCCGCACACCCCUUUCGCUCGUUGACCUCUUAGUGGUUGUAGUAGUAGUGUGGAAGGAGUGCUUGAGUUCUCUGUCCUUUGAUUACUUGAACUGCCUCAUCAACGGCCAGCUGCCUUUGAAGUACUACGGAUAAACUAAGUUUCAUAAGCAGGUCAGAAAGCCGCCGGGAUAAUCCGCAGAUCGGACUCGCGAGAGAGCGGCAGAUAGCAGCAGGUCGAGAGAGAUAACCCACCCACCUCCUCCUUUAAGGUUCGCCAGCGACUGGACGCCGAUCGUAGGGGUUAUGGCAGGGUUCAGUUUUCUGGUCGAGUUUACCCUGACCAUACAUACUGCUGAAUGUAAUGGGGUGGAUCCAAGCAAAUGGCUUCUUGACGCAUCAGAUCUCCGUGUUGCAAAGGUUCACGGCCUUUUUGAGCCGCGUAACGAACCCAGGACUACUUACAGAGAUUAUACAACCCAAUGUCUGACCCCUCUCGAAAGAUACCAGAUAAAUAAUCUGAAAGAAGAGGUUGGAAGAGUUUGGAAACCACUAGUUAGGGAGGAGGAAGAAGAUACGUGGAUCAAGAGCCAAAAGAAGAGAAAGAAAAAUUGGUGGUUCAAUUUGAUUAAGCAUCAAAUUGUUAAUCAUGCAAGAUACUUUCCCUGGUCUGUUGAUAGGUAUGUGCAUUUAGGUGCACAUAUCUAUCAAAUGCGAUGAUGUUCUUCGGUACUUGGCUCAAAAGGCUCAUGAACUCCUUUGCAAAAUUAAAGAGGGCAGCCGAAUAGGAGUUCCGGUAUUGGCUGCACUGUCAAUAUUGGAAGCAUUUUUUCAGGCGAAAACACAAAAUAAAGUCAUCUCACCAAUCAUCAAGUGCAAAUGGGAUAUGAAGGCUAAAAAAUGGCUUGCUUGGGAGAUUAUAUUGCGCCUGGAAAUCGGCGCAACACUUUCGGUAGUCCCUACGCUCAGCAUCCACGUUAAGCCUUGUGGUCUUGGUGGGGCAUCUCGGUUCCGGGGAAAUCGGUGCAACACUUCCGAUUUCCAGGCUUCGCAAGAAGUAAUGUUUUAAAUCUAGAAACCCAAAAUAUCAAAAGACUUAUUAUAUUUUACAAAUAAAGGAAAUAAAAGAAAAUGAAUAUCAUUUU